AAUCAGGUGCUAUUUUCACAUUUGGAAAAAGCAAAUUUGCAGGAGAUGUUCCUAGCAAGUUCUGGUUCAAAAAUGACAAGCCUGUACUUAUAUCAUGUGGAGAUGAACAUACUGCUAUUGUUACAGGGAAUGGUAAACUAUACAUGUUUGGCAGUAACAACUGGGGCCAAUUAGGACUAGGAUCAAAGAACACUGUCAGCAAACCAACAUGUGUAAAAGCUUUAAAACCAGAAAAAACAAAACUUGCUGUUUGUGGAAGAAACCACACUUUAGUUUACACAGAAAAAGGAAAUGUGUAUGCUGCUGGAGGUAACAAUGAAGGUCAGUUGGGAUUAGGUGACACAGAGGAAAGGACCACGUUUCAUUUAAUUAGUUUUUUUACCACCCAGCACAAGAUUAAACAGCUAGCAGCUGGAUCAUACACCUCAGCAGCAGUAACUGAGGAUGGGCAGCUUUUUGUAUGGGGUGACAAUUCAGAAGGUCAGAUUGGCUUGGCUCAUGAAGCCUGUGUCAGUGUCCCAUGUCAAGUGGAUGUUGGAAAACCUGUUUCCUCUGUAUCCUGUGGAUAUUAUCACUCUGCCUUGAUAACAGGAGAUGGUGAGCUCUAUACUUUUGGAGAACCAGAGAAUGGGAAACUGGGAUUAUUGCCUGAACAGCUGAAGAACAGUAGAGUCCCACAGCCUGUACUGGGUAUUAUGGAAAAGGUUAAUAAGGUUGUUUGUGGUGGAGAACACACGGUGGUGCUGACAGAGACAGAUGUAUAUACUUUUGGACUUGGGCAGUAUGGGCAGCUGGGACAUGGUACUUUUAUUUUUGAAACCUCCGUACCAAAGUCUGUGAAACACUUGAGGAGGCAUAGAAUAUGUAACAUUACAUGUGGGGAAAAUCAUACUGCUGUAAUUGCAGAGAAUGGCCUCAUGUUUACUUUUGGAGAUGGGCGACAUGGCAAGUUAGGACUUGGAGAACAGAAUUUUACAAAUCAGUUUGAUCCAACUCUGUGCUAUAAUUUCUUGAGCUUCACAGUCCUUCUGGUAAAACUUUUGUUCACGCUUCUCAGACAUCAAAAGAUUUACAUUUUUGUGAAGCAUGUUAUUCAUGACCUGGAUGAGGGAACAGA